AUGUCAGCCCCCACGUCACCAACCAUGGAUGAGACCGAGUACGAGAAGACCCUUCUACAGCUAAGAUGUUUCGACACAAUGUUUCUCGUCGACGAUUCUGAGGCCAUGCAGCCUUACUGGCCCGAGAUCAAGACACUCGUAGAGCGUAUUGCUCCCAUCUGUGCGAAACACGAUCCGGAUGGAGUUGAUCUUUACUUUGUCAACCACCGACCUGGAGGCAUGUUGGCUAAAAUCCCUGGAGUGCAGUCAAUUCGAAAGUCGGGCUACACGCACAUCGGAGGCUUUGUUGGCAACAUGCUCUUAACAAGCAAGGGAAAGCAGGUCGGCAGCAUCUUCGACAAAGUCCAGCCGGGAGGCAAGUGCAACAUGGGUGCCAGACUGGGAGGCCUACUCAAGUGGUACUGCGACAAGUUCACAGCCGGAGAGGAGAAGGCCGCUCUCAACAUCAUCGUCCUCACAGCGGGCCAGUUCGACGAUGACAUGAAGACACCUUUGAUUGAAGCUGCCAGGGCUCUAGAUGAGGCUAAGGCGCCCAUUCAUCAGGCGGGUGUCCAGCUCUUCCGUCUAGGUGGACCCAAUCUUGAGCGACAGAAGACUUUGCAGCAUCUCGACGACGAACUGCACAAGGAGGCUGGAACACGAGACAUUGUUGACACAGUGACAUGGAGUGGACAUGGUACAGCGAUGUCUGAGGAUGAGCUUCUCAAGGUUGUGUUGGGCGCGGUUAUCAAGAAGAUCGACAUCCGUGCUUCUGAGUUGCACUUGGAUAACACAGCUCCGACUGCACGUGCUGAUCGCGAUUACGACGAGGAGAACGUGAUCUAA